GCUACACACUCCUCGCAGAGCAUAGCAGUAGGAUGGGGAGGAAGCCGUCGCGAAAACAGGCGGAGUCGACGCUGCUGCCGCCAUGGGUGCCAAAGGAGAAGCUGAAACUGGAUGAGAGCUGCGGUGCGUGUCUUCUAGAGAAGCAGGGUGGAGAUGGCGACGAUACAGUCGGGCUGACGGACGUCUGCGGGUGAGCAGAGCAGCUGUACAGUACGUGUGUGUAGUCUUUCCGCUGAUGUGACUGACGAUGAAGUCAUAUGUCACGUUUUGCUGCUGUCCUGUGACGACCGACAGGCACACCUUCCAUGGGUCGUGCAUACUGCAGUGGGCGGAGAGAGAAAACAGCUGCCCGCAAUGGUGUGUAAGCCGACCGAUCGACCAACAGGAAUGAUUGGCAAGACAACCGCCUUGGCGUGUUCGUGUGUGUCGUGUCUGUGCAGCAAGGGGCGGUUUCAUUAUAUCGGGACCUACGACAGGAACGGCGUCCGUCAGCAGUUCAUCUUGACGCAGAAGCGGGACCAAAAGAGCGAUGACCGCGGGCUCGUCCUCGACGACACCAGCAGCGAGACCACCUGCAGGGCUUGCGGCCACGUGGGGGAUGAGGCGUCUUUGCUGCUCUGUGACGGCGAUGGCGGUAAGGCAGGCAGCCACACGACAGACGUCACGUCAUGUCAUGGAGGUGCCCUCCCUUAUCAAGCUGGUCUGCGCUGCUUUUCCUUUACCUUCAGGGCUCUGCAAUGCCGCGUACCACUUCUACUGUGUGGGACUGGACGCCAUCCCGACCGAGCCGUGGUUCUGCCCCACGUGCACGCAGAUGGGAGCCGAUGCGCCUCCCGCAUCCUUCCGACGGCGGAGGGGGUCCGCCCGGAGAACGCCAUCCGCCGAUCGCAUCGCACGGGCGUCCCAGGAGCUGGCGAACCUCGUGAUAGCGGGCCUCAACGGCUUCACUCGUCGAUCGACCAGAGGACGAGGUGGCGCCCGUGGCCGUCAAAGUCGUGCUGCCGAUGCUGCCGAUGCUGCCCCCUCUCCCUCCCCCGCGCCUCGCACUAGUCCAUCUCCGGCACCGAGGCGUCGGGCCGACCCAUUCGACGCCAUCCCUGCCGUUGAGAGGCAGGAUGCUACCGAUGAACCAGAGGCGGAGCCUGCGGCACCGCGGAGGCGUGUCGGAGAAUCCAGGCGCUCCCGAGCGGGUGGUGAUGGGGGCAGGAGAAAGCGGCAGAGGGACCCCGGAGAGGCGGCGGUAUCACCUGAUUCGGCGCCGGCCUCGUCAGCUGCCGGACCGAGUCCGAGUCCGGCUUUGCCGGCUAUUCCGCCCCCACAGGCAGCUCCUCAGCAUGGCAGCCAGGCGGCUGCGGCCGCCGGGCCGUCACCGGCAGCAGAGCAGCAGGGCAAGCGCUUCAAAGGCCUCAAGCCGAAGGAGGUCCUGUUAAAGUACCAAGAAAUGGCCGAAGAGGAGGAGGACGCCAGGGCCCAGCAAGAUGCCGAGGCGACUGCACCGCAUAGCAGCACCAUGUCUGCACAGGAGAGGAUCCGCAUGCGCCAGCGGCUGCGGCGGCAGCGGCAGGCCCAGCGUGAGAGGGUCAACCAGUACAGAGGCCUAGCGGUGAUGAGUGUGCUGACGGGCGAGGACAUGGGCAGCAAGGGGGCUUUCAAGGAGCCGACGGCCAACAAGAAGGCAUCCAAGGUGCCCGCCGAGAGCAGCUCCGCUGGCGGCAAUAAGGCCCCGCGCCCCCCAGCAGCAGCAUCUUCCAGCAAAGACCCAGAGGUGCGUGCUGCUGCUGCUGCGAGUGCAGAGCACGCUGAUGCGGCUGUCACCUGUCAACUAGAACCAGUCGAGGCAGGCGGCCAUCAAGAUUCCAAGAAGAUGGACAUCGACAAGCAUCCACUGGAGAGCCAGCCCCCCCUCCCGCCGCCACCAGGCGACGCCUCUGCCCACAGUCACGACACAGCCCACGAGGCGGCCGCACCGGCGCAAGCACAUCCAGACCGGGCCAUCUCGAGCAGCUCAUCUGGACACCGCCCGUCGUCGAUCAAGCCCACCCCCUCCCUUGUGCGGGCAGUCAAGGCGUCCCUCAAGACGUUCAAAGAGGACUUCCGGCAUUGUGCAGAGGAGAGCGGCAUCGCGUACGAGCUGCUGUUCAAGCACUGGUGUCGCCGCGUUAGCUAUAAGGCCGUCGAGGGCCGGCUGGAUGUGUUGAGGGGCAUGGGGCAUGAGCAGUGGGACGCAUUGUGGGCCGAGGAGACGGGCUCGGAUGCGUUCCAGCAGUUUGUGAGCGAGUACUUGACGGCGAAGAGCCGUGAGGGGGUGCUAGUGAAAGACUACCUGAGGGCUGGGGGGGGGCAGGGGUGACUUGAGAUCCAUGGUGUUGUACAGGUGGUUGGCUGGGUGACAGUGUGCUAUAUUUGUCCGUGGCUGGCUGUUUGUCAAGAGCUGGCUUGUUGCGAAAGACGGACGCAGUUUGGGGCAACUUUGGGGUGGUAGCUGUGAGGAGUUAGUUGACGUGCGUCCCCUCCAUGCAGAUCGAUGUGUGGCCACAUGAAUUGAAUUGCGUGUGGAGAUGAACGGUCCAGAAAGAGCAUGUGAUGUGUCGGCAGCUUCGCAUUAAUUGUGGUAAG